CCAUUUUCAGUUACGAUAUUCUACUUCAUUCUUCUCCUUCUUCUUCUUUCCCUGAACAAGAAAAGGUGCAACUUUACUUACUGGGUUAUUGACAGAGGAAGAGGACCCACAUGCUUUAUUAGACAUUGAAAUUCAGCUGCCUCUCUUCUCUCUUCGAUUCUCUCCGUCUUCAACCCCAACUCGUCUUUUAAGAAACGUUAUUAAUUAUAAUAUUACCUUAAAAAGAUUCCACUGUUCCUAUUUACCUUUUUUCUUAUCCUUUUUUGCGUAGAAUCUAAGUACCCCUCCUUUUUUUUCUUUGUUUUCUUUUGGUUCCAACAGUCACUGGGUUCCAGGGUAUAUACACUACUUUACUCUAGUCCCUUUGUGAUUGUUUUUCCAUUACUAAUUAAAUUCUGAUUCAUCAGAAUCCGUUGUUCCACAGAUUCUUAAUCUCUUCCCGUUCAGUUCACUUCUCACUUCAUUCUGCUAACUCACUAUUUUUCCUUUUUAUUUCUUGAUUUCGCUAUCUUUAAUCGUGGGUGUGGUGCAGUAUUUUAUUUUUCUGAAGUAAUUUGACUUGGGUUUGAAUUAUUCAUCAAACGUUAUAUUGGGUAUUGCGGAAGUGAAGAGAUUUCGGCAAACAGGUGAAUAAUUUUGCAUGAAAUGGGUUGGUUUAGAAAGUUGCUUAAAGGUUCUGAUCAUAUUUCACGUGGACAAUACCAAGGCAAAUAUGGAGAGGACAGAAUUUGGGAUAACCAUCGUAAUUCAAUGGAUGACUUAACGGAUAUAGAGAAAGAAGACAUUGACCGUGCGAUUGCACUCUCUCUGUCAGAGGAGGAUCAUCUUAAAGGGAAAAAAGUUGUUGAGGAUGAUUCUCAGUCUGAAGAUGAUAAACUCUGUAAAAUUGAUGAUGAGGAAGAUGAAUAUCUUGCUAAAAUUGAGCAAGAAGAUGAAUAUCUUGCUAAAAUUCAACAAGAAGAGGAUGAACGUCUUGCUAAAGUUCAGCAAGAAGAAGAUGAACGCCUUGCUAAAAUUCAACGAGAAGAUGAGCGUCUUGCUAAACUUCAACAAGAUGAAGAUGAACGUCUGGCUAAAAUUCAACAAGAUGAAGUUGAACGUCUGGCUAAAGCUCAACUUGAGGAAGACGAGCAACUUGCUCGGGCAAUUCAAGAAAGUUUGACCAUUGGUUCUCCUCCUCGAUCUGACAAUGAUUCUUCAUUUCUAUCUUAUCCUCACCUCUUUCCCCCUGGAUAUAGAAUCUGUGCUGGGUGCAAGGCUGAGAUUGGCCAUGGAAGAUUUUUAAGUUGCAUGGGAGGUGUCUGGCACCCAGAAUGCUUCUGCUGCAACGCAUGUCGUCGGCCAAUCACUGAUUAUGAGUUUUCCAUGUCUAGCAAUCGCCCUUACCACAAAUCAUGCUAUAGGGAGAAGCAUCACCCCAGAUGUGAUGUUUGCAAGAACUUUAUCCCAACUAAUUCAUCUGGCCUCAUUGAAUAUAGAGCUCAUCCUUUCUGGCUACAAAAAUACUGUCCAUCUCAUGAGCUUGAUGGCACUCCUCGUUGCUGUAGCUGUGAAAGAAUGGAGCCAAGGGAUGCUAAAUAUCUUUUGCUUGAUGAUGGUCGAAAGCUAUGUUUAGAGUGUCUAGACUCAUCAAUUAUGGAUACUCAUGAAUGCCAACCUCUCUACCUUGAAAUACAAGAAUUUUAUGAAGGUUUAAAUAUGAAAUUGGAGCAGCAAAUUCCUAUGCUCUUAGUUGAGAGACAAGCUCUGAAUGAGGCCAUGGAGGGAGAAAAGAAUGGUCAUCACCACUUACCUGAAACCAGAGGACUCUGCUUGUCAGAAGAGCAAACUGUCACUACUAUUUCAAGGAGGCCGAGGAUUGGAGCCGGCUACCGAGUCACCGACAUGAUAACUGAACCUUUUAAGCUGAUCCGUCGCUGUGAAGUGACAGCCAUUCUAGUUUUGUAUGGUCUUCCUAGGUUGUUAACAGGAUCAAUCCUAGCUCACGAGAUGAUGCAUGCAUGGCUUAGGCUUAAAGGCUACCCUAACCUCAGCCCAGAAGUUGAAGAAGGAAUCUGCCAAGUUUUGGCUCAUAUGUGGUUAGAUUCAGAGCUGUAUUCAGGAUCUGGGAAUAGCGGUGCAUCAUCAUCUUCAUCUUCGUCUUCAUCAUCACCUUCCUCUUCUGCAUCAUCAAAGAAGGGUAAACGUUCCGAAUUUGAGAAGAAACUUGGUGAGUUUUUUAAACACCAGAUUGAGUCAGAUACCUCCUCAGCUUAUGGAGAUGGAUUCAGAUCGGGUAACCAAGCAAUGCUCAAGUAUGGGCUCAAAAGCACCCUUGAUCAUAUCCAUAUGACAGGUAGUUUUCCAUAUUGAAAAUUUUAAAGAAGGUAUAAUUUUCUCACCUAUAUAUUCAUCAUUACUGCGGCUUCGUCAUAUAAACCAUAUAGCUCAAAGAUUUCAAACAUCAUAUAGUUUAACAACACUAAGGAAUAAAAUUGCUCCUCUUACGUUGCAGUUCCUUAAUUGUGUCAAAUGUGGCACCUCAUGUUCUAUAUGUAAAACUAAAUACUACUGAGGAAUUUAGAGUAGCUGAAGCUAUAUAGAAUCUUAUUAUUCCAGUGUUGCA